AUGAGCGAUGAGAAGAGACCCAAGGUCCUGAGCUGCGUGAGCUGCCGACAGCGCAAAAUCAAAUGCGACAAAGUCGCCCCUGUCUGCACGCAGUGCUUGGGCACCAAUACCGAGUGCGAAUACCCUUCGAGAAAACCUACACGACGAGCCCACCGGCCGCGGCAGAGCGAGCUGCUUGAUCGCAUCAGCCGUUUGGAGAAGAUUGUGGGAAAAGCGAACCCCGCCAAGUUGAAGGAAGUCAAUGCGGCUCUUGCUGGUCAUGCUGCUCCGACCCAAUCGACUAGCAAAAAGGCCACGGCGGAUGUGCCGGAGCCAGCGACAGAGCCGUCACCAGUUCUGGAUAGGGAGAUAUCGACCGACAUUGCCGAUACAGCCUCGCGUUACCUAAGUGUUGAAUUCUGGGGACAUCUCUGUGAGGAGGUUGAGGGCAUCAAGCAUGCUCUUGACGAACCUUCGGAAGCCGAUGAUGACGAUGACGAGGGCGACGACGCCUCGCCCGAGUCGCGAGAGACCAGCUACUGGGACGGGGCCGCCAACCACCCUUCAGGGUUUCUCUUUGGGAAUCCGAGUUACCACGAGCGCGACCAGCCAUCCCAUCCGCCCCGAGAUAUGCUGCUCCGAAUGUGGUCGAUAUACCUCCGUAACGUUGACCCCCUCAUGAAGUUUCUCCAUCGGCCGUCUCUCACCGAGGAGAUUCAACUUUUUGCCAACUCCUCUUCACGAACCAUAUCCCCUUCAAAGCAUGCUCUCCUCUUCUGCAUAUAUUUUGCAGCCGUAACGUCCCUAAGCGAUGAAGCCUGCUUCGUACAGCUUGGCCAGCGGAAAAGUGAACUCGCCUCCAAAUACCGUAUGCAUGCCGAGCGGGCUCUCGCUGCGGCUGACUACCUCGCCAACCCUAAUCUGACCCUUGUCCAAGCUGUAACCAUCUAUGUUACGAUGCUCCGCAGCUAUGAGCUUAGCCGCUCCGUCUGGGUUCUCACUUCCAUGGUUGUUCGCCUAGGACAGACCCUGAACCUUCAUCGCGAUGGUGACGGUCACAAUUUCCCUCCAUUUGAAGCUGAGAUGAGACGUCGCCUUUGGUAUUUCAUCGUCGUUCUCGACAUCCGCGGUGCUGAAGACCGUGGCUCUGAUUCUAUUCUCAACAAGAACUCAUACAAUACGAUUCUACCAACCAAUCUCGACGAUGAGCUUUUCGGUCCAAAUAUGACAGGGCCAAUUGCGCCCCAGCCAAGCCCCGCAGAGAACAUCUUUUCAAUAUGUACUGCCCGAUGCUCAUCUACCUUUGGAUACAUUGCCCACCCACAGGCUGCCGAAGUGGCAGCCUCCGAGAAGCCCCUGCAUACGGAAGAGGAACUUAUCAACCAUGUCCGCUCUCUCGAGGACGCUUUUAUACACACUGCAAACCCAUCUAAUAUCGUCUCGGUGUACGCUUCCGAGGUGGCACGGAUUGUCAUACUAAAAUUCUGGCUCAUUGUCCAAUAUCCCUUCUCCGCUAAGCCCACCAUCAUCCCCCUGCGGGCUUCGCGGGAGACGAUGCUCCGCACGGCCAUCUCCGUCAUGGAACUCGUCGAGGCAAUGACGGGCGGGUUUUGGGCAGACCGCUUCGCAUGGUGGACGAGAGGCUACAUGCAAUGGCACCCCCUGGCCGUGGCCCUCGCCGAGCUGUGCAUCCAAACCGAGGGCGAGCUCGCCGACAAGGCGUGGACCGUCAUCGACCGCGUAUUCUCUACUUGGAAGCACUCGGUUGCAGAUUCGUCCAAGGGCUCGCUGUGGCGUCCGAUUCGGAAACUGCACAGGAAGGCCAAGGAGGCCCGGGCCGGUUCGAUGAUGAAGGAUUUGCAGAUUGCCGAUGCUCAGCCCCCGCAGUCGGCCCAUAUAGCACAGAACAACUCUGGGAUGGGAUCGCUACUCCCGUUACAUCUGGAGAUGGAUCCCAAGGUGCCGAUGGAUCUCGCGCCCACGCCGGGCCACACAACCACGCAGGACCCGAACAUGGACCCGUCGUCCCUGUUCGAAUAUUUGUUGGAGCCGACGGACCUAUGCUUUGACCAAAGUCUUGGGAAUGAGAUGAAUUUUGAUAUGGGUCCUUGGAAUGAUUUCCUUGAUGAUACCAACAAGGAGAACUCGCCGGACAGUGGUACUGGCGAGUCUACGUAUUCAUGA